AUGGAGAGAACCGGGCUUUUUGUGCCUCCACGCAUCCUCUUCCUCCUUGGGGACUGUCACAGUGGCGUCCCAAUCAAGCAAGUCAUCAAGAGAUGUCGUCCUUUAAUUAUGACCACAAAACCACUCGUUUCUGCGGCUUUUGGAUUCGGACAGGGUUGCAGCCUCCUACGACGUUUCGCAGGUUCCAAUCGGGUUGGAGUGUGUGUGUGUGUGGACUUUGUUCGGUUCCAUAAAUACACUUCGCUCCGAUCAAAAGAACUCCGUCGGUUCCGUGCCCACCACAAGGGAGACUUGCGAUUCGUGCUGCAAUUUCGGUUUAAUGCUCACAAAGGAAGCGUCCAGCUUUCAAUUAACCUCGGACCUGUAAUUGUGUCGUUUAUGGACGCAAAACGCUUCCACUCCCCUGCCUUUGACCCACCAACUACAACCGUCUCCCGAUCACUAACGUGGCACGGAUCACUCGGUCUGUGCGCGUUCGCGUGUCGCUCGGGGCAGCCGCAUCCUAAGAUAAUUGUCUUCUCUCUAUCUAAUUGGCCCAAGUACCGGAAACUGGAACAUCCAGCUGGGCGAAUAAAUCACGCGAUGAGCCCUGGGCUCUCCUCCAGCACCCCGUGUGUGAGUCUCUGCGACGUCGACCCCUGUUUAAAAUCCACACGCCUGCCUGCCUACCCCUCCCUCCCCCCCCUUACCUGGCCCACCCACGAGUUAGCUGGACACCUUCGUCACCGACGUCACAGAAACAUGGCCAGAGGCUUGAGCAAGUCGCGUAUCUGUCCACGAACUGCGUCAAUCACGCCCCAAGGCGUUCCUGCGACUGACCGGAGCAGGGAGGUUGAAGAGAAGCCGAAAACUGCGAGACCUCCCGCUCACCGACCCGCCCGGCAGCAGUCUAGUCAUGUGUCGCAAGAGCCACCAGCGAGAGAUGCGGCAUACCAGUCUACAAAGUCACCUAAUAGAGAGAAAGAGCCUUCCAGACGUCAGCAUAGUGUUCCUUCGCCCCCAACUUUCACAGAACCAAGUUUACGGUCCUCCGAAUUCCCUGAGCCAUGGCUGCCAAACCUCUCUCAAAAUCUCCAAGCGCCAGACUUGGUGAACCCCUUCAUGCUCCCCACAAUCGCAUCCAAUCCUUACUGGCCUUUUGGCAAUCUUUCAAAACUUGACCAGGUGACAGCAGCAGCCACCGCUAUGCGUCAGUUGAUGGCUCAGCAGCUGUCCAACCCAAAUUGCUCAAGGAAGCCGAUGGAGCAUGAGCCAGGGUCUCGGACAUCAACGUCUAGUUUCUCUGCCUCUCAGUUAGCUGCACCUACAUUUGAACCGCUAACCCGUGUUCCUCAGACGUCGAUGCCAUCCAUCCCUAACCCCAGUAUUCCGACAGCUCCUCCGAUCUCUUCUGCCUCGCUCACAGCUGCGCUCUCGGCAUGGUAUGGACAACGACCGAAUCAACAGCCACCUGGGGUGUCACAGUUCCCCACUGAAAACACCACUGGUCAUUGUAUUUCCCCCCCGCCACCACCACCCCCUCCACCACCCCAAACCACCGCGCCAGUGCACAGUUCAAGUGUUAUUAGAUCUAUGAUCUCAGCAGCUAUUGGUCAUCAGAAAGAAGGCAACGAGGUGGCCAAUCUCACUCAAUUAGACGAAACUACCAACACGUCAACCGGAUCAUCCUCUUCACUAGCGGCAAUGAUGGCCGCCGCCGCUGUGGCAAUGGCCGGGUUGUGUAGAACCCAGGCGGUUCAACCCAUUCCAGGUGCUAACACCGACACGACGUCGUACCAACUGGAGCAAUCGCAUAACAAUGACGAAGGCUUGAACCUCUCUACCAUUGGGAGUGGUGAAGUUGGAGAGGACGGCUUCGUGGAAGACUUGGUCGAGGACCUAGAUGACGAGGAUGUCUUCCUCCGUCACGUGGACAAGAGCGGCUCGCGUCGACGACGAGGGAAUCGGAAGCGCGAUGUCGACGGUCGAGUUAACAAGACCGAACCCAACGGUUUUGACCAACGCGUCCACCACCGUGAAACAGAACGUAAGCCUUCUCUGCCUUGUUUGGUACUACCAAAUUUCGACCGGGGUAUGCGUAUUUGUGUCGUACAAGAAGAGCCACACCUAGAGUCAACGAUGCAGUCAACAGGUUUUCUCGCGUCGCGUCAGUGA